AUGGGGGCGUCCAAGCCUUUCUGGGAAGAUCCCACGGUAUCGGGCAUAAACCGGCGUGCUGCGCACGCGCCGCUGCGCUCAUUCCCAUCCGCGGCAGCUGCCGUGCAGUACUAUGCACGCCCGCUGCCCGCGGACGACCUGUUCGCGCCCUGCCCGCGCGUGGCGAUGCUCAGCGGGCGGCCCUGGAGCUUUAAGGUCUUCCCGCGCGCCGGGGACGUCCCAGAUGGCUUCUGGGAGCCGGGUUUCAACGAUUCGGGGUUUGCAGAG